AUGGAUCAACGAGAGGUAACGCUACUUGUACUGCUCGACCUGAGUGCGGCUUUUGAUACGGUGGACCACGAAAUCAUGUUAGAAUUAUUAAAAUCAAAUUUUGGUGUCAGUGGUGACGCGCUUGGAUGGUUAAAAUCUUUUCUGUCAGACAGAAAACAGUUUGUUUCUGUAAACCAAGUGCUCUCAAAUAGUUUUCCCGUGACCUGUGGAGUUCCGCAAGGAAGCUGUCUGGGACCGAUACUUUUUCUAUUCUAUGUGUCGAAAUUAUUUGAAAUUAUCAAAAAGCAUUUACCAUCUUCCCAUGGAUACGCUGAUGAUACCCAACUGUAUUUAUCUUUUUGUCCUGAGUCACCUGUUUGUCAAAAUGAUGCAGUCAAGGUUGUCGAAGCAUGUAUAACUGAGGUUCGCGCUUGGUUGGUUUCACAGAAAUUAAAAUUCAACGAUCUUAAGACAGAAUUCUUAAUAAUUGGCACUCGCCAACAGUUAAAAAAGAUAGAAAUUAACUCUGUACGAGUAGGCGAUGUGAAUAUCAAACCAGCGGAAAGUGUUCGGGAUUUGGGUGCUUGGUUUGAUAAAAACAUGUCCAUGGACGUUCACGUAGGAAAGGUAUUGCAGCAAAGCAUUCAGAGGUUUAUAUAACAUCGGACAAAUAAGGAAGUUCCUUUCUCAGCAGGCGACCAAAACUCUUGUGCACGCAUUUAUAACGUCACAUCUAGACUACUACAUGUAAUUCUCUAUUGUUUGGGAUUCCUCAGUAUCAGUAUCAACGCUUACAAAGAGUUCUAAACGCCGCUGCAAGGAUGAUAUGCUACACACCCAGAACUUCUCAUAUUACUCCAGUUUUAAUGCAUCUUCAUUGGUUACCAAUAAAGUUUCGAGUGGAAUUUAAAAUUGGUUUAUUAGUGUAUAAAGCCCUAAAUGGAAUGGCACCUCAAUACAUCCGACCGACUUGUUGUCAUUUAAACCCGAAGGCAAUUACCAUUUAAGAUCAGAUGAUUAUUUGUUGCUGCAAAUUCCCAAAACAAACUCAAAAACACUUGGAGAUAGAUAAUUUAAGCAUGCUGCUCCUCUAAUAUGGAACUCUCUCCCACUUAACAUUAGGCGGUGUGAAACUGUUAACUGUUUUAAAACUCAUUUAAAGACAUUUCUAUUUAGGAAGGCGUAUAAAUAGACCAAUUUUAAUAACUAUUAGUGUAUAUAUAUAUAUAUAUAUAUAUAUAUAUAUAUAUAUAUAUAUAUAUAUAUAUAUAUAUAUAUAUAUAUAUAUAUAUAUAUAUAUAUAUAUAUAUAUAUAUAUAUAUAUAUAUAUAUUGUUUUAAAUCUUUAAGAUAACUCUAAGAUUGUUGACACGUAUCUAGCUUUUUAGAAUAGAGUCAGUUUAGUUAUUAUUGUAAGUUUACCAUUGUAAAGCGCUUUAGAAUAUUACUUCAUAGAUUAAGCGCUAUAUUUAAAUACUCAGAUUAUUAUUAUUAUUAUUACAAUAAAUUGGAAUUGAAAUGGUUAGACUUUUGUGUCUCCUCGGAUGAGGACAUUAAAUCGUAGGCACCUCGGAUCUUCUAUCAAUUGGGCAAUAGCUUGUUGGGAAAUCCGCUCACUAAAGCCCGCGGCGCACACUGGAGCUGUCAGUUGAGCUGAAACGUCACUCGUGACUGUUGGCGUAAGCAAGUUCCCCCAUUGUGCGGUGGCGUUGAGAGCGAUUUCAGCCACGUGUGCCAUCCGCACCAACAUUCAACAUGUUGAAUAAUUUCACGAAUGAACAUUUCAUCACUUUGCUCAAUCCAGAUAAUAGCGGUUUGUUUACUGAUCACUCAGUGAUUAUUUUUUAUCUAAAGACAUCUAAUAGAGCGGGUCCUAGGCUAAACCGAUCAGUUUUGGAUUUCCGGAGGGGUGAUUUUGAUGCCGAUGGCCUUCGUUCUGCGCUACAAGCGAUUAAUCUCUCCACUAUAAUACAACAAGAUUCUAACAUAAAUGAAGAUUGGCUGCUAUGGAAAGACACUUUUCUCACAACAGUUAAAGAUUUUGUCCCUUCUCGAAAGAUCAAGGGAAGAAAUUCCCCUUCUUGGUUAAACAGCAAAGUCAUCCACGCCUUACGGCAAAAGGAAGCUGUGUGA